CCACGUCGAUCUAACUAAUCGAGUUUGAAGAUGGCUGUCGUAUAGUCUAUUGACUGUAUUUCGUACGGUGCUCGUACGAAAAUUAAGUUUUAAGAAUAAAUUUCUAUUACCACCUCUAAAAUUGGGAACGAUUAUCACGAAUAAUUAUUUUUUAAUGAGUAAAUGAAUUAUUACUAUAAUAUUUUAAGUAUUAGUAUCUAAGUCAUCCAGACAAGUUAGAAUUAAGGCAUGUAGGCGACGAUAGCACCGAUCACAAUAACAACAUCACGAUGACGAGUGAGGAUUUAUUGCAGCCAGGCCAUGUAGUGAAAGAGCGAUGGAAAGUUAUGAGAAAGAUUGGUGGAGGUGGUUUUGGAGAAAUUUACGAAGGUCUCGAUUUACUUACGAAGGAACAAGUAGCUCUCAAAGUUGAGUCCGCCAGACAACCAAAACAAGUACUGAAAAUGGAAGUGGCUGUUCUAAAAAAAUUACAGGGUAAAGAACAUGUGUGUCGCUUUAUAGGCUGUGGUAGAAAUGAUAGAUUCAAUUAUGUCGUGAUGCAAUUACAAGGUAAAAAUUUAGCGGAAUUACGACGUGCACAGCCUCGAGGUGCCUUUUCUUUGUCAACUACUUUACGACUCGGUCUUCAAAUUUUAAAAGCAAUAGAGAAUAUACAUGACGUGGGCUUCCUCCACAGAGAUAUUAAACCUUCGAAUUUUUCCAUCGGUCGUCACCCAUCCAAUAGUCGAAUGGUUUAUAUGUUAGACUUCGGACUAGCUCGACAAUUCACAACUAGCACUGGGGAAGUUCGUCCUGCACGUGCCGCGGCAGGAUUCCGUGGAACAGUGCGAUAUGCUUCUGUUAAUGCUCAUAAAAAUAAAGAAAUGGGUAGGCAUGAUGAUUUGUGGUCACUAUUUUAUAUGCUUGUAGAAUUUGUCAAUGGACAAUUGCCAUGGCGGAAAAUAAAAGACAAAGAACAGGUUGGUACUUUAAAAGAAAAGUACGAUCACCGCUUAUUAUUAAAGCAUCUUCCAUCCGAUUUACGUCUUUUUUUAGAACAUAUUCAGAGUUUACAAUAUGCAGACAAACCAGAUUAUGCAAUGCUUGCUGGUUUAUUUGAAAGAUGUAUAAAACGGCGAGGUGUAAAACUUCAUGAUCCCUAUGAUUGGGAAAGACCUUUAAUAGCCAAUGAAGGACUACCUACAACUAGAUCCUUACCAACAGUUACUUUACCUCCUGCUUUAACUACAGCAACAACUAUUAAUCAUCCUCCAACAACUCCAAAUGUAGAUACAAAUAAUCAAGAAAAUGUAGAACCGGAUAAUAGAAAAGAGGCAAAAAUGGAUAUUGAAAGCAUAUGUAGACUACUACUAGGCAAUGAUGGAUCUCCAACUCCAUUUUCACCUGCAAUUAGUCAUCAGGGCCGGGACAAAAACUGCAAUGCAACGAUACAAAUUACAGAUAAUAUUCAUCCACCAGUUGGACAAGAUGUAACGUCAGUACUGCCUGUUCAAAUAUCACCAAAAAAACGUCGUGCUGUAUCUAUGGCAGUUGAAACACAAUCUCCUGUUCCACCAAUUGAUAAACCCGUUGACAAAGAAGGUGAUGCAUUAAUGGCAUCAGCACGCUCAGCUUCUGAAGUGCCACGUUCUAAACCAGUUGCUAAUACAAUAGCUCCUCUACGAAAAUCUGCUAGUGGAGCUACUUUUGCAAGACUACGUGUCGUAGCUUUGCCCGAAACGAAUCCUGGUGAUCCCCCUAGUCCUAGAAUUCAAACUGAUGUUGAUGCUUCCUAUUGUUCUUAUGAUGUUACAAAUACAAAACAAGCUGGUAAUCAAAGUCCCGUAACAGAACAACGUGAACCAAUGCGACGAGAGCCACGAAGACGUGCAAGGACAGGUCGUUCAGCAAUACGAGAUUGUUCAAUAACACAAUUUGCACAGAUUGAUGAUGAUAAUGUGUCGGCUUUGCAACAAGUCACACGUGGUGGAGGUGGACUUACAUUAGCAUCCCAGUGGAAGUCACAGUUUGAUGAUUCUGAAGAAACUGAUAAUGAAUGGAAAGGAGAUAAUUUACAGAGUCCAGAGCACAAGGGUACUGUAUCAACUAUAUUACCUCAGUCCACAGUUGACACUGAAGUUAUUGCCAUGGCGAAUUUAACAGUUGGAAAUCAAGACGUUAAAAAUUCCGUUGCUCAAGCAGUAUCAGUGACGUCAAGUGCAUCACCACCGAAUGCUGCAUUAGCAAUACAAACCGUACUUUCAAGAAUAAGUGAAGACUCGCCACGAACAGGUGUACGUCAUCGGUGCUUAAAUAUUACAGGUAUAGAAAACUAUCCAGACCUUCAAGGCGCUUUACCACGAGCCUGGAGCGUACCGGCGCUGGCGUCACACGUUCGUGCUCAUCUAGAAGCACCUUUGGUUCAACAAGCAGCAUUCGAUGAUUUACUUUACGAAGUUGAUGUUAUGUGGAAUAUUGCAAAACGAUAUGAUGAACCGAAAAAACGUACUGAACAUAAACGUGCUAGUGCUCCAAGUAUUGCAUUUACAUCAACUUUAGCCACGGAAGAGCCUCCAGUAUGUGAUGAAGAAGAAGGAGCUGUUGCUGGAAGAUUAGAAAUAAGAGUUGUUGAUUCUACUGGUGGAACUACGGUUGUUCAAACUAGUGCUGAUAAAGAAUUAAUUACAAAAAAAUUGACAAAUGGUACAACAGGUAGUCCAGCUAGUCCAAAUCCUGGUCCGGAAGAACCUUCAAUAUAUUACGAUGCAACGGAAAGUCGUUUAAAUAUGAGUAAUAAAUCAACAGUUGCAUUAAAUACUACCCCAACUUCAAAUACUACAUCAUUACGUGAAAUAAAGCACAAUAAAGAACGUGAAAUUCAAAAAGUUCAUAGCAAAAUUCCUGUAUUCGUCAAUAGUCCAAGAUGUUCUUUAUCUGAGCCUAUAGCUGAUGCCAAUAUUAAUAUUAAAACUAGUACAGGAAAUGAUCAAGAAAAAUCUUUAACGACAUCAUCUCAAUUAAAUGACAAAAAUUCUGUCACCAAAGGUAAACCACUAUCAGUUCACAUGACAGAAACACCAACCUUAAGGCGAUGUGCAACAUUACCUGAUGCUCGACCGAAUGUGCCACCUUUAACAUCAACUAGUUCAACAGAAGAGGAAAAUUUAACUGGAUGUACUCCAGCUUUACGUAGACGCAGGCAAAGUGAGAAAUAUGUAACACAUGCUAGUCAAAUAAAUGCAAGACCACCAAGAUGGAAGCCAAGAUCGGAAAUGUUAUCUUGGUUUCAUACUAGAGGCGUACCCUCAUGUUUGUUAGAUUCAGGUAAAAGAACUGAAGAAAGCAGUGAUAAUGAUUCAGAUAGCAGUGGUCUACCAAGCACGCAGCCUCCACCACCACCUUCAUCAUUACCGCCUCAUGUGGCUGAAAAUAAUGCUAGAUGCCGAAGAUUCAAACCGGUUCCGGAUACCACGGUAGUUAAUAAAGAAUCGUGAGAAUCAGUUAGGAUUCAUAAUAGUUUUGAUUCAUGCAACAAUCAACAAAAUUAUUCUCCAGCCAACUAGAAAUGUGAUAUCUCACUGGAUGAAAUAAGAAUAUAUAGAGCUUUUCUAGUAUCUGACAACUAAGUUAUGGUUAAUGAUAAAACUUUAAUUUGAAACAGAGAGAAUGGAAAUUUGUUUCUGAAAUUAAUGAAAAUAUUCGAUUCAAGUAUAUCCGUUGGUACUUAUGCAAUACACUGAAGGACGAUUAAUGUAAUUUUACUGCUAUCAGAAUGAUAACAUAAUUAAAGAAGAAUCAAUUGUCGUGAUUUUGUAGAUUAUUAAGAAAAAAAAAA